AAUAUGCAGUGUCUGCAGGCGCAUCAUGUUGAGAGACGCGCUUGAAAUCAACUCGAAGUCAAACACAUGUUCAACGUUAUUGUGUUUGCAUUUGAUGAGCAGCUUGUUUUAAGUGAUUAAUGGCAGUAACGACUUGAAUUUUUUUGAAAGGAAUAAUGCCGUUCAUAUAGUUACGUUCAAGGCAAUUAUCGAUGAAUGAAACCAUGUGUUCGUAGCGCUCAUGUCAGUAUACGACACACUCAGUUACUAUAAAUAUACGAAAUACAACAUUAUCGUUCGUACAGACAUAUGGGAACGCGAGUUUAAGUAAACAUCCGACUGUAUGCCACAAAUAUCGUGUGUCCUCUAAGUAAUUUUUAAGUGCAUUUGACAAACAAAGUUCGGCCGGAGCCAAUAGAAAAACACCAAUAGCACUUUAUUCAACCUUGGUGGCAUACAUUUACAUUGGCAAAGUGUAAUAAAAAGGUUGAAUGACGUUACGGUUCAGUGCAAUCUUACUGAUAUCAACUUCAGAUAUGGUUUGUUUUUGAACGAAUCAGCGCAUAUAUUUUUUCAUUGCGGAGAAGAAAGUCGUCUAGAUUUUCCAUUAAAGACAUAUCAGAUGCAAGAUGUCGAGUGUGGACGAAGAGCCACGGAAUAUAAUGAAGACGAAGAAAUUUUGGAAGGAUAUUACUGGAGAAUAUUUUGCUACAUGUCUCUUAGUGUAUGCCAUCACGUCUGUAUGUGAUGUCGAGACAAAUGAUGACUAUCUUGAAUACUCACUGGUUUAUGGCAUGGCUACAGCCAUUUUGGUUCAAUGCUUUGGUGGCUUUUUAAACCCGGCGUUGGCAGUUGCCUUCACUUCUACCGGUCGACUACCCUUAACCAAAGGUGUUUUAUGAUCAUCGUCGAAGUUCUCGGAGGUAUAUCUGGUGCAGGGUUAACGUACAUGUUAACACCGCCAUCUUUACGUUUCAAUCUUGGUGAUACAUUUCUUCACGAUGAUGUGUCAGCAAUCCAGGGACUUUUCAUCGAGUUUAUUCUCACGCUUAUUUUCACAUUAAGCGUUUAUGCUGCCACGGACAUAAGACAUUCCAAAGGUUAUCUGAGGUCUCUUUUCUAUGGUUUUGCGGUGACGCUUUGCAGCUUAAUCGGGUCAAAAACCACAAGAUGCAGCAUCAACCCUGCACGGUCUUUUGGACCAGCGGUUAUUCGUGAACUUUCUGGAAUGAGCAAGGGGAGAAGACAGUGGCAACAACAUUGGAUUUAUUGGAUAGGACCAAUUGGUGGUUCCCUGAUGGCCGUAGUUGUUCAAUACUUUUUAUAUUCAACACCUGGGGAGAAGCACGAUGUUUCUGCUCGAAAUAAGCGAUCGUUUUGCAAAGAAAAAGAAUACAGGAAAACUUCAACAAGGGAUGAUCGCCUUCCACAACAUGAAGGGCAUUCUGUUGGCGUCUGAUUUGAGAAAUCUCAGACGGCCUUUUAUUUCAUAUGUCGUCAUGUUAUUAUGACGACACUGACAUCAAAGUUAUGUUUGCAGUUUGGUUUAAGUUGCGUUGGAAAGCGGCUGUGACUUUCACGUGCCCAUGAUGCAUCUUGUUGACUGACGGUAGUUUUUCAUCCCUGUAGAUAAGGAUAUACCGUGAUGCAUCUUGUUCGUAGACGGCACUCUUCAUCUUCUUCACCUCUACUGAUUAGGAUAUAUCAUGAUGCAUCUUGUUGAUAGAGGACAAUUGUUCGUAUCUUUAUCUCUACAGAUUAGGAUGUACCAUGAUGCAUCUUGUUGAUAGAGGACAAUUGUUCGUAUCUUUAUCUCUACAGAUUAGGAUAUACCAUGAUGCAUCUUGUUGAUAGAGGACAAUUGUUCGUAUCUUCAUCUCUACAGAUUAGGAUAUACCAUGAUGCAUCUUGUUGAUAGAGGACAAUUGUUCGUAUCUUCAUCUCUACAGAUUAGGAUAUACCAUGAUGCAUCUUGUUGAUAGAGGACAAUUGUUCGUAUCUUCAUCUCUACAGAUUAGGAUAUACCAUGAUGCAUCUUGCUGAUAGAAUACAAUUGUUCAUGUCUUUAUCUCUACAGAUGGGGAUGUACGAUGAUGCACAAAUAGAGGACACUUCCUUCUUUUUAUGGAACUGUUUCUGUUCGGCUUUUACUUGCUACCGAGAAUGAGGAGCAGUAAUGUUAGAUUGCAUCUGGGAAUUUUCAGAUUAAAGAAUUGGUGCGUGAUAUGAUAAAUGUAAUUUGUAAAAAUAGAACGAGAAUGUGCUCAAAAUAAUAUUGUUAUUGCAGUUGAAAAAUGAAAUACUGCGAUUUGUUUGGUCAAAAAAACGAACAAUAAAGGUCUUAUUUGGGA